AUGAAGAAGAAGGCGCCGGCUCUUCGCCGGUCUUUACUACUUCUUCUUCCCGUGAUUCUUUGCUGCUUUAUCAUUUUUUCUUCUUCAUCUUUUGCAGCUAAACGCUCUGCAAAGACUUCCUCAGAGAAGCCCUCAGCAGCACAGCCCGCAGGCAAGGCAGCAGCAGGAGCAGGAGCAGCAGCAGCAGCAGCAGGAGGAACAUCACCAGCAGCAGCAGGAAGACCCCCAACACCAGCAGCAGCAGCAGCAGGAAGACCCCCACUACCCCCAGGAUCAGCAGCAGCAGGAGGAGCAGCAGGAGCAGCAGCAGGAAGAGGCAAUACUUCAAUAAUAUUUCCGCCUCCUCUUCCUGAGUCAAGGCGUGUAGAUGCUCUUCGUUUGUUUGAAACUGUACAUCCUCAAUUAACUAUACAUUAUUUUGGCUUCUCUAAAAGCGGAAGUAUAGUUUGUUAUGAUAUGUUGAACGAAUUAAGAACAGUUGAAGAAGCUAAAGCAGUCAUGGAUGUUGAAUUCUAUUUGCUAGAUUUAAUGCUGCAGCAUUACAAUGUUCAGCAGCACAUGCGAGUUGUUGAUGCAAACAUAGUAAAGAAAAUGUUAGGGCUGCAGCAUUUAUUUUCAUUUCGUUUUGCUGAAGUUAUAUCGCGUAUAACUCGCUUCAUAAGAGAGUACGACCCGAUAUUAAGAAUAUUUUUAAGAAGAUAUUUACCUCAUAUUGAAAUGCUUGUUAUUGUUAAUGUCCCCGCAUACUUAGCACCUUUUAUCCCUAGUCUUGCUUCUCGUAUAAUGGGUUUAUCUUCUAAUAAGAUCGCAGCAAUUGCAGACGGAUCGGGUUUAUCAAGAUAUCUUGAUAAAAAAUAUAUACCUAAAGAAUUCGGCAAUGCAGCAGGGCUUAGCGUUAAACAUAACACUGAAAAUCAAACAGCUUCUUGUCUUAUGCUCAGAGAGAUCAGAGCUUCUUUAGGAGAUAAUGCACUUAGCGAUGAAGGAAGAUACAGCUUAGAUACAGUCUGUCAAAGAUUGCUAGGCCCAGCAGCAACAGCAACACCAACAGCAACAGCAACAGCAACAGCAGCAACAACACCAACAGCAACAACACCAACAGCAGCAGCAACAGGAACCGGAGCAGCAGCAGCAACAACAGCAGCAGGGACGGGAACAGCAGCAACGGGAAUACCAGCAACAACAAUAAAUGCAGCAAAAAUUACAGAAGCAGCAGCUCCUGCAGAAGCAGCAGCUGUUGCAGCAGAUGCAGCAGCUGCAGCUGCAGCAGCAGCAGCAGCAGCAGCAGCAGCAGCAGCAGAUGCUGAGGGAGAAGAAGCUCUGGACGAGGGUUCAGACUUCGAUGAUAUUGAUUAA